GUAACUCGGUAUUCUGAAAGCGCCUCUCUUUCUCUGGCCUAUCCUGUCUCUGUAACGUUUCCCGGUUGCUAAGCGGCGGAGCUUUUGCGGAAAGCAAAUCUGAGGCGCCAAAGAAUACCAGACCGGCGGGACCAGAGAGCCGUUUGCCGGGUUGGAUGUUGGGAUCCGAGGCGGAAGGGCCCUUCGCGCCGCUCCUCUAGACCAGAGACCUCCGAGGCCCCUGGGCAAUGGGCUCCAGGUGCGACCAGCUUCUGAUUGUGGUCUCGAUCCUGGAAGGGCGUUAUUUUCCCAAACGUCCGAAGCAUAAACUUGUGGUAGAAGCCAAAUUUGAUGGAGAACAUCUAGCUACAGACCCUGUUGAACAUACUGAUCAACCUGAAUUUGCCACAGAAUUGGCUUGGGAACUUGACAGGAAAGCACUUCACCAACACAGAUUACAACGUACACCUAUCAAGAUACAAUGCUUUGCUUUAGAUUCUUUGACUUCUACCAAAGAGACUGUAGGUUACAUAGUACUAGAUUUAAGAGCUGCUCAAGAGAAAAAGCAGCCACCAAAAUGGUAUCUGUUACUCAGCAAUAAGUAUUCAAAAUUUAAAUCUGAAUUACAGCUAAGUGUAACAUUAGAAACUGAUACCAAAGCAUCAGUGGAUGGUUUUAAAGCAAAGGAAGCACCUCCAAGAGAUAUAACAGUACCUUUAUCUGGGUUGGACCCCAAAAAUCUUGUAGCAGUGCUGAACAAGGAGGAAGGAUAUCAUCAAAUUGGACCAGCAGAAUAUUGCAGAGACUACUUUGUUUUGUCUGUUACUAUUGCAUUUGCUACACAAUUGGAACAGCUAAUACCUACCACAAUGAAACUUCCAGAACAGCAGCCAGAGUUCUUCUUCUAUUACUCACUGUUGGGCAAUGAUGUGACCAAUGAACCAUUUAGUGACUUGAUCAAUCCAAACUUUGAGCCAGAGAGAGCAUCUGUUAGAAUUCGCAGUAGCAUUGAAGUUCUAAGAGCUUAUUUUUUGACUCACGCAAAGUUGCAGAUCCAUCUGUGCUGUGGGGACCAAUCUCUUGGCAGCACUGAAAUACUUCUUACAGGAUUGGUGAAGAAAGGAAAUGUAGACAUCCAUCAGCAAGCAGUAGCUAUUGAAGGAGCAUUCAUUCUUAUACCCCCUAAUAGAGCCCGGCAAAAACUGCCUCCAGUGCCUUUGGAUAUGGCACCCACUGUUGGGGUGUCAGUAUCUCUUCAAAAAGAUAAUGUUUCUCAGCCUAUUCAAGUAAUUACCCAGGCUGAACCUGAAAAUAUGAAGAAAGCUUUGUCUCCAAUAUGUGAUCAGGAAAGGAGUCUUGAGCAAAGUUUUCAUAAUGCACUACCUCAGACUGGUCAUUCUCCUGCCAUAAAAGAGGAUGCAACAGAAAGUGAAGUGGAAAGUAUUCAAUAUGACAGGAAUCCAGAACAACAGAAAAAAGCUUUGAAUACCCAAGUACCUGCAUCUCAGCCUCAGCAUGUCACUGGAUCUAGUACCUCUGAGCCUACUACGGGGCAAAAAAUUGCAGUUCCAGCAGCAUCUCAUCAUUUCUGCUUCUCUCUUGAUUUAAGAUCAAUCCAUAAUCUGGAUGCUGGCUUUCCUGUUAAUUGUAUAUUAAGGUACUCAUAUCCAUUUUUUGGCAGUGCUGCACCUAUUAUGACAAACCCUCCAGUAGAAGUGAGAAAAAACAUGGAAGUUUUUCUUCCUCAGUCCUACUGUGCAUUUGAUUUUGCAACUUUACCCCAUCAGCUUCAGGAUACUUUCUUCAGGUUACCACUGCUGGUCGAGCUAUGGCACAAAGAUAAAAUGGCCAAAGACUUGCUUCUGGGAGUUGCCAGGCUCCAGCUUUCCAAUGUUUUGACGAUGGAAAAAACCCGUUUUCUGGGUACUAAUGGAGAGCAGUGCUGGCGGCAGAUCUUCAGUGAAACAAUCCCUGUUACUGCAGCACAAGGGCCAAGCAAUAAAAUAGCAGAUCUUUCAUAUACUGUGACUGUAGAAGACUAUGGACUUGUGAAGAUGCAUGAGGUUCUGGUGUCAGAUUCAUCCAGGUGUUUAGGUGCUGAUGAGCCGCCACUGGUACCUCCUUCUCAGCCAGGUAAUGCUCCAGAAGUCCAGCCAGAACCACGGGAAACUCUAGAAUAUAAAGCAGCACUUGAACUGGAAAUGUGGAAGGAAAUGCAGGAAGAUCUUUUUGAGAACCAGUUGAAGAAGAAAGAGCUGGCUCACAUGCGAGCUCUUGCAGAAGAGUGGAGAAAAAGGGAUCGAGAAAGAGAAGCGCUGGUAAAGAAAAAAGUUGCAGAGUAUACAGUUUUGGAAGAACAGCUUCAGAAAACUUUGACUGAUUUAGAGAAGCGUGAAAAGCAACUUAUCAGUGCUGAAACUGAGCUCCAAAGAUUAAAGAAAGAACUCCAAGCAGAGCAUGAACGAAAUCUGCAGGAGCUUCAGGAUACCAUACGGCGAGUCAAAGAAGAGAGUGCUCAUCAGGUUGAGUUGGAGAAGUCAAGGAUCAAACAGCUGGAAGAGAACAGGAUCCACCUGCAGCAACAAAUAUAUGAAGCAGAAAACAAGUAUAAGAGUCUGGAAAAAGAGUUUCAACAAUACAAGGAGCAGCAGAGCAGCAAACCAGAAAUCCGGUUGCAAUCAGAGAUAAAUAUUCUGACUUUAGAGAAGGGGGAUCUUGAAAGGAAAUUGGAGUCAGCCACAAAGUCAAAACUGCACUACAAGCAACAAUGGGCUCGAGCUUUGAAAGAACUAGCAAGACUGAAACAGCGUGAGCAAGAGAAUGCUAUGGCCCGCCUUAAAAAGCAGCAGCAAGAGCUGGAGCAUAUGAGGCUUCGGUACCUGGCAGCAGAAGAAAAAGAACUGGGGAAGGUUCAACGACAAGAGCUGGAGGAUAUCAGAAAUGAACUGAACAGAUUAAAACAGCAAGAAGACAAAAAGCAUUUUCCUGAUUCCCAGGAGGUGUUUGGUUCACAGUUGCAAAAUGCUCACACUCAGCAAGUAAAUGAGAGUCUAGAUGAAUAUCUUGCCCGCUUAAUAGAAGAGAGGGAUACGUUAUUGAGGACAGGAGUGUAUAACCACGAAGACCACAUCGUGAGUGAACUUGAUCGCCAAAUCAGUGAGGUGCUUGUUAAAAGGAGCAGCAGCAAGGAGCAGAAUAUAAAGAACUGAUUUUUUUUCUUUUUCUGCAUAAGGAAGAAUCUAAAUUUUAAUUAGGCAUUCAUCAUGUCUUCUGAGGCCAUGAUUCUGAAGAACUUGCACAUACGUCUUCUCGCAAAACUUUCUGCAUAUGUGUAGCACAAUUCUACUGUUUUGGAGUUGUAAGAGAAGAGCAUCAAUGAAAAUGUUUUAAAACAUUUUAUAAUGUUUAUAUAUAAUUUAUUUUUGUAGGUAGCUGAGUAUAUCUGCCUCUCCAUGUUGCUUCAGGUUUUUUAUUUGAUAGUUUGUGUUUUAAACUCAAUUUUAUGUUUCUGUUUGAUUACUUGUUUUAUACCUAUAUAUUUAUCUGUUUGUCUAGAUAUUUAUCGAAACAUUUCAAUAAAAUUGCACUAGGAACAAAGGGCUCCAGUAUCUUGGGACAUUUUAAAGAAAUUGAGCCUAAAGAUGUUGCGCCUUGUCAUCUUUGAAAAGAUUUUUAUCAUAUUUUUGAACGUUUAGAACAAGUGCCCAUAAUUUACAGAUAUAUAAACCAUAUUUGUUACAUUGACGCUCUUUUGCAGUUCAUCUCUUCUCACCGAAAGUAUAAUCCUGGUUAGUGACAAGCACCAGACAUUAGCUCUCUGUUCCGUUCAGUAAUUUUAGUGGGAGGGAGGUGCAAUACUGAAAUGAAUCAUGGUAGAGCACAGUAAAUAGCACAACAAAGAGUAUUCUUUACAACUGAUAAUCAUGCCUACCCCAAUUCAGCAUGAGAGUGGUACCCAUGGAAGACAACUUCCACAUGUAGACUCCUGUGCUCUGUUGAGAGGAGGAUGUAUAGUGAUAGAGAACUCUGCUAACUGAGAUUGAGCAUAUCUGGCAAUUAGGAUAUGUGCAUUGCUUCAAAUAUUGCAUUGGGUACCAUUUGCACAGUGUUCUGAAUAUGGUUACAAUAGUCUUGCAUGCAAAUAAUUGUAUACAAUGCAUGAAUCCAACUUGCACUGCAAAGCAUGGAUGAGAAUGCUUAUUCUCGUCCAUUAUCAGGCACCACUGUAUGUGCUACCUGUGCAGUAUUUACACAAGUGUAUUGUGUAGCACAAAUAUACAAGGACCCACUAGUGAAUUAGGUCCUAUGAUCUUGUAUUGUGUCUAUAAUAUUGUCAGUGAGCUUCUGGAAACAUUCUGUUGGGAUAUGGGGGCUAGUAUUCUUUCUACCUGUAGACGAAUAAAACUCUUUCAGUCUCAGAACAUCCAUCUUCCUUAGUUUUACUAUAAUUAGAAUGUGCUGUGUUAGGGCUACAACUUUGCCUAUGUUAGCAAGAUUGCUAUCCUGUGAUGUUAAUGGUGCCAAAAAGUGAUCCAGCUCAGUAGGCAGAAAAUGUGAAGCAGCUAUUUUAAGCUUGACAUGCAUUCCUAUAUUUGGUCCAUCAGUAUUACUGUGUGAAAGUGUCUUUCAAAUAUGCCUCUUUUCAACAAAAACAGUUUCUCUUCUACAGUUGAUCUUUAUAAGAGCUAGUUAUCAGUGAGUGGGGAGAAGCAGGCUUCAGUGUUUCAGUGGUUUUUGAUAUAAAACUGAAAUAAAAAACACAGCCAUUAGCUCUAUUAUUAAUCUUCCAUGUUUAUUCACUGUUUUAUUCUACAUUAUAGACCAUAGAUUUUGUUUCAGUUGUGGAUUACCUCUAAAUAUUGGGCUUAAUGUUCCAAUUUCUUGUUCAGCAGGGCUGCAAUAUAAAUAACCAAAUGCAGAUCUUGAUCAUUUUAA